AUGGCAGGCCUGGGCCCCGGCGGAGGCGAUUCAGAGGGGGGACCCCGGCCCCUGUUUUGCAGAAAGGGGGCUCUGAGGCAGAAGGUGGUCCACGAAGUCAAGAGCCACAAGUUCACCGCCCGCUUCUUCAAGCAGCCAACCUUCUGCAGCCACUGCACGGACUUCAUCUGGGCCUCUUCCUGGAUCUCUAACCCAGCCUACACCCCUUCACUUCCUCUCUCAGUUGGCGAGGCCCGUAACCUUAUCCCAAUGGACCCUAAUGGUCUGUCUGACCCCUACGUGAAGCUGAAGCUCAUCCCAGACCCUCGGAACUUGACAAAGCAAAAGACCCGGACCGUGAAAGCCACGCUAAACCCUGUGUGGAACGAGACCUUUGUGUUCAACCUGAAGCCAGGAGACGUGGAGCGCAGGCUUAGCGUGGAGGUGUGGGACUGGGACCGGACUUCCCGCAACGAUUUCAUGGGCGCCAUGUCCUUCGGGGUCUCGGAGCUGCUCAAGGCGCCGGUGGACGGCUGGUACAAGUUACUGAACCAGGAGGAGGGCGAAUAUUACAAUGUGCCAGUGGCUGAUGCUGACAACUGCAGCCUCCUCCAGAAGUUUGAGGCCUGUAACUACCCCCUGGAACUGUACGAGCGGGUGCGGAUGGGUCCCUCUUCCUCUCCCAUCCCCUCCCCAUCCCCUAGUCCCACGGACUCCAAACGCUGUUUCUUUGGGACAAGCCCUGGACGUCUGCACAUCUCCGACUUCAGCUUCCUCAUGGUUCUAGGAAAAGGCAGCUUUGGGAAGGUGAUGCUGGCUGAGCGCAGGGGCUCUGAUGAGCUCUACGCCAUCAAGAUCCUGAAGAAAGACGUGAUUGUCCAGGAUGAUGAUGUGGACUGCACCCUGGUGGAGAAGCGCGUGCUGGCCCUGGGGGGCCGAGGCCCGGGAGGCCGGCCCCAUUUUCUCACCCAGCUGCACUCCACCUUCCAGACCCCGGACCGUCUGUAUUUUGUGAUGGAGUAUGUCACCGGGGGCGACCUGAUGUACCACAUCCAGCAAUUGGGCAAGUUUAAGGAGCCCCAUGCAGCGUUCUAUGCAGCAGAAAUCGCCAUCGGCCUCUUCUUCCUUCACAAUCAGGGCAUCAUCUACCGGGACCUGAAAUUAGACAACGUGAUGCUGGAUGCUGAAGGACACAUCAAAAUCACUGACUUUGGCAUGUGUAAGGAGAACGUCUUCCCUGGGACCACCACCCGCACCUUCUGUGGGACCCCAGACUACAUAGCCCCUGAGAUCAUUGCCUACCAACCCUAUGGAAAGUCUGUUGAUUGGUGGUCCUUUGGGGUUCUGUUGUAUGAGAUGUUGGCAGGACAGCCCCCUUUCGAUGGGGAGGAUGAGGAAGAGCUGUUUCAGGCUAUCAUGGAACAAACCGUCACUUACCCCAAGUCGCUUUCCCGGGAAGCUGUGGCCAUCUGCAAGGGGGUAAGAACUCCCUGA